AUGCGGCUCCCUUCACUUGCGCUCGCGGCGACGCUGUCACGCGUCGCCAGCGCGUCCUUGCAGGUCGUGCCAGGAGGGACAUGGACCGCGUCCAACGGCGAAGCCCUGCAGGCGCACGGCGCGGGCCUGAUACAGGUGAACGGCACCUACUACAUGGUUGGCGAGGACAAGAGCGGUGGGAGCUCGUUCCAGAACGUCAACUGUUAUUCUUCCACGGAUCUUGUGCAGUGGACGCUCGUCGGGGCCGUCCUGUCGCGCACCGCCUCGGGCGACCUCGGGCCCAACCGCGUCGUCGAGAGGCCCAAGGUGAUCUACAACGACAAGACGCAAAAGUAUGUGCUCUGGAUGCACAUGGACAGCGGCAGCUACGGCGAGGCGCGCGUGGCCGUCGCGACGGGAGAUUCCGUCUGCGGCAAGUAUCAGUACAUUCGAAGCUUCCAGCCGCUAGGGAGGGAGAGUCGCGAUAUGGGCCUGUUCAAAGACGACGACGGCAAGGGCUACCUCCUGACUGAAGAUCGAAAAUACGGCCUCCGCAUUGUUGCUCUCUCAGACGACUAUCUCAGUCCCACCACGGACGUCUUCUCGUGGAAAUUAGACGGAGGAUCGAGAGUCGAGGCGCCGGCCAUGCUCAAGUUGGGCAAGACGUACUACAUGUUCGCCUCGAUGAUGACGGGCUGGGAUGCAAACGAAAACCAGUACACGACGUCAACCUCGCUCACCUCGGGCUGGUCGGCGUGGAAGAAGUUUGCAGACAGCGGGUCAAAGACUUACAACUCGCAGACGACGUACAUCCUCAAGACGAGCGAAAGCAGCGCCAUCUACAUGGGCGAUAGGUGGCUCAAGGACAACCUGAUGGCGAGUUCGUACGUGUGGCUGCCGCUCAGCAUCAGCGGGACCAGCGUGAGCAUGAAGAACUACGUGAGCUGGGUGCCGACAAGCAGCUUCGCGGCGUGGCAGGCGCCGCCGGCCGAGAACAGCUACGAGGCCGAGAAGGCCGUGUACGGCGGCAAGGCGCGCAACGUCAACUGCUCGGCGUGUUCCAACAAGCUCGCCGCCGGCUACAUUGGCGGCCCGGACAAGGGCAGCGUCACUUUCAGCGACAUCAAGAGCGAUAUUGAUGGCAUGACGACGAUCCGCAUCAAGUAUCUCAACUCCGACAGCGGCUCGAGGUAUGCGAAUGCGCGCGUCAACGGCGAUGCCGGGCGCAAACUGGCCUUCUUGCCAGCCAAGGGCGAUCCGGCGAGCAGCACGCUCAAUGUGAACCUGAAGAAGGGCGCGGACAAUACUAUUGUUAUCGAGGGGGUUGGCACCUCUUGGGGGCCCGACGUGGACCGCCUGAUGGUUCCGGUUCAGUGA